CGCAACAACGAUGACCUCCGUUGCGCUCGAAGAUAUCUGGGACGCCCCUGCGGACGAGGCUCCUCGUCGCUCAUCUCCCCCAAUUGACCUCACCACCGAUGACUCCCCGCGUCGAGCUUCCAAGCGACCGCGUUCAUCGCUGUUCUUGGACUCUGAGGAUGAGGAUGAGGGUGCCCAGCCGCCUUCACGCAAGUCAGUCCCUCCGACCGUAGAAAAGUCGGAGAUAGAUGCCAUGUUUGAUAAUCUGGACGCGGAGCCGGACACUGGCGACGGCGACCUUCCUCCCGCGCUUGACCUCGACGCGCUGAGGAGGGAAGUGGACGCGAAGAACGCGCAGAUAUACAAGAAACCGCAAAACCGGUGGAAGGAGAGACAGAAGAAGAAGCCUCUCCCGAGGCUCGAUGAAGCUCGGCUGCUUGGGCCAGACGGCUUCCCUGCUCUAAUGAAGCAUGCGAAGGCUUUCAAGCCGAAGGGGAAAGGCCACGAGGCGACGGAUUUGAACCGACUGAUUCAAGUCUACCACUACUGGACACAUAAGAUGUAUCCCAGAGCCCCAUUCCGUGAAACUGUCAAAACCGUUGAGAAGCGAUGUCAUUCGAAACGGAUGCAUGUCGCGCUGACUGUCUGGCGCGAUGAAUACAAGGGGAUCAAUACAGGUCACAAGGUCGAUCCGGAUUCAGACGAGAGUGGCAGUGACGAAGAGGAGGGAAACCCCAAGCCCAAUGCGAGCGACGCUCGAGAGAGCAGUACCGUACACGACAUAGAGCGAGCAUCUUCACGCCCUCCCUCUCACCCUCCAUCUUCCGAACCACCUUCCUCGGAUGCAUUUAAUGACUUCGAUCUCGACGCUAUGAUUCGCGAGGAAGAAGAGAGACAAGCCCUCGAGAACAAUCCUGCGCGUCCCACUAGUGUCCCUCGAGCUCAGUCCAAGCCUGUGGCCCAAGACGAGGACGAUGCAAUGUGGGAUGCACUCGAAGACGACGUUCCCCACAGUGACGGAGCUGCUCAGGCACCAUACGUUGGUGUGCCCUCCAACGCUGGUCCAGUCCCAGACGAGGACGAGGACAUGUGGGACGUCAUCAGGGAGAUGGAAGCAGCAGAGUCAAACACAGCUGCGAGCGCGCCGCCGAUCUCUGUCGCGACCGAUGAGAAGGCAGGCGGAGACGGAACUUCGCGGCCUGCCACGAAUGACGAGGGCUGGGAUGAGAUGUAUAUGUGAUGUUAUUAUGUAGUAUUCAAUUUCCCUAGCAGCGUGGACGAAGGCCAGUAACACUGCAAUGG